AUGUCGAGACCCCAUCAGUACCAUCAGCCCAAUGCUCCAGACCCACUCAGCGAUGAAUCAGACUCAGAUAUUGAAAUUGAUUUGCAGGAGCUAGACCACGCCACUGCCGAACAUGGAUCCGGUAUCUACACUGAUCCAUAUAAGGUGCAUCAGCGGGCGGAGAGUCAGAUACCUCUAAGAAAUCUGCGGGUUGGGCGAGCGCGCGGAUUUGGUCGCCAAAAGCAUGGCAUUGAUGUGUCUGGUGAUGAAGAAGAUCUUCAGGGUUUACUACACGAUAGUAACGAUCACGGAGACUCCACUGGAAGCCUAGGUGUUGUCGACGACGAUGCUCCUCUUCUCCAACCAAAUGGUCGACCGGUGUCGAAAGCUUAUACGACUGAAGGGCGCCGAGGGUUCUUGUCCUCUCACUUACGGUUGCCCAGCUUUGCAUCUGGUCAGCCCGAUCUCGAGAGCACUCCUACUGAACAGAUAGGCGCAACGCAAGCUGGCGGAACGUCACGCAAUAUCAGCAUAGGGCAAUAUCCCCCACCAAAAUUUCCGCCAAAUGCUGUAUCAAACGCUAAAUACACGGCCUGGAGUUUCCUGCCCCGAACGUUGUAUAACGAAUUCUCUUUCUUCUUUAAUAUGUAUUUCCUCAUGGUCGCUCUGUCUCAAGCUAUACCCCCUUUGCGAAUUGGAUAUCUUUCAACAUAUGUUGCACCAUUGGCGUUUGUUCUUGCAGUUACACUGGGUAAAGAGGCGUUGGAUGAUAUCGCGCGCAGAAGAAGGGACGCUGAAGCGAACAAGGAAGAAUACACCGUGCUUAGACUACGAGAUAGUUCAGAAACAGCAGGGUUCAAAGGAAAACGCAAGCGCCGCUCGAGGCUUCCGUCUAACAAGAAUUGGGCCCGCGGUGUUUCCAAAGGUUCUCGUCUUGACGCCAUCGAGGAGGAAGAAGAGAACCUUGGAGAAGAGAGCCAGAAUGUCAUAUCGAAUAGUGAGGUCGAUGAGAUUGACAUCAAAUCCCGAGACCUUAAAGUUGGAGACAUUUUGAAGCUUGGAAAGGACCAAAGAGUACCCGCGGACCUUGUCAUACUCAAAAGCUAUACCACUGAAUCGUCGAUCACCGUCCCUUCGAUCCCAGCUGCUUCACUGGUGUCGUCCGAGGAAACCGGCCCCCUUGUAGAACCUCUCGAAGAGCCUCCCAUUGCCAGGACUUUGAAUGCAGGGAAGCAUUCAAACCAGUCAACCUCUCUUGACGCCUCCACACCCUCUGCCGAUGCCGGUGGAGUUGGCGAGACUUUCAUCCGGACAGAUCAGCUUGACGGUGAGACUGAUUGGAAGCUACGUCUUGCUUCACCUCUGACACAGUCUCUGGAUCCACGCGACUUUACGCGACUGAAGAUUGUGGCUGGGAAGCCCUCUAAAGAAGUCAACGAUUUCGUUGGUACAGUUCAGUACCGCCCACAAAAGGCACAAUGGGUAGCCAAAAGAAGUGUGAACGACUCCGAAAUCACUGUCAAGACGGCACCAUUGACGAUAGAUAAUACGGCUUGGGCUAAUACGGUACUUGCAUCUAAUGCCACUGUUCUAGCAGUAGUGGUAUACACGGGUGCACAAACGCGGCAAGCUCUGUCAACGUCUCCGUCACGAUCAAAAGCAGGUCUCCUAGAAUAUGAGAUCAACAAUCUCACCAAGAUACUGUGCGCCCUGACUCUGACACUUUCCAUCGCUCUCGUUGCAAUCAGAGGCAUCGAAGGCCGUCCAGGCCAGCAAUGGUAUGUAGCUGUAACAAGGUUUCUCAUUCUCUUCUCGACUAUUGUUCCCAUCAGUCUUCGAGUCAACCUGGACAUGGGCAAAUCAGUAUACGCCCGUUUCAUUGAACGGGACCAAGACAUGCCUGGAACAGUAGUCAGGACAAGCACGAUUCCUGAGGAACUUGGACGAAUCGAGUAUCUUCUGAGCGACAAAACAGGUACUCUCACACAGAACGAGAUGGAUCUCAAGAAGAUUCAUGUUGGCACGGUCUCAUACGCUAACGAAGCCAUGGAUGAAGUCCGGACCUAUAUUCGCCAGGGAUUCUCAACAGGUGUAACAAACGAUGCUACACAAGCAGCGUCUUUGGUCACACCUUCGUCUACAUACGCUUCUACUUCCGCAGGGGCUUCGACGACAAGGACACGACGAGAAAUUGGCUCCCGGGUUCGAGAUCUUGUCUUGGCGCUUGCACUUUGUCACAAUGUUACACCAUCUACGGAAGACCAUGAAGGCCAGAGUGUUACCACUUACCAAGCUUCGUCGCCAGACGAGAUCGCAAUCGUCCGAUGGGCGGAGAAUGUAGGGCUUCGACUCAUGCAUCGGGACCGACACACUAUCACUCUUCAGUCUGUUGAUACCUCUCGAGUUGUGGUUCGAGUCAAGAUUCUCGAGGUCUUUCCGUUCACAUCAGCCGGAAAGCGCAUGGGCAUAAUUCUGCAAUUCUCUCAAGGGGCGGAGUCUGCCGUUUCCUCAGUAGAAAGUCCGGCAGAAGUCUGGUUCUACCAGAAAGGCGCUGAUACGGUUAUGACCUCGAUCGUCGCUGCAAAUGACUGGCUAGACGAAGAGACGGCAAAUAUGGCUCGAGAAGGCCUUCGUACUUUGGUCGUUGGAAGGAGGAAGCUGUCAAUGCAGCAGUACAACGAGUUUUCAAUGCGAUACAAGCAGGCUUCAGUGUCUCUACAAAACCGGGAUUCGAGCAUGGCAAAAAUUGUGAAAGACUAUCUCGAGCAUAACCUGGAGCUCCUUGGCGUCACCGGUGUUGAAGACAAGCUCCAGAAGGACGUCAAGUCCUCCCUCGAGCUCCUCAGAAACGCUGGUAUCAAGAUCUGGAUGUUGACGGGCGACAAAGUAGAGACUGCCCGAUGUGUCGCCGUUUCUGCAAAGCUCGUUUCACGAACUCAAUUUAUUCAUACCAUCACUCACCUUUCAACUGCUUCUGGCUCCACUGCUGCACUUGAUUCCCUAUCCCUUCUUCGCUCCAAACCUGAAACCACGGCCCUUCUUAUCGACGGCGAGUCAUUGUCUUAUUUCCUGACUUACCAUCGUCAUGACUUCAUCUCCGUCGCCGUUCUCCUGCCGGCCGUUAUCGCUUGUCGUUGCUCUCCGACCCAAAAAGCUGACAUUGCCAGUCUCAUUCGACAAUUCACUCGAAAGAGAGUUCUUUGUAUCGGCGACGGAGGUAACGAUGUCUCAAUGAUUCAAGCUGCUGAUGUUGGUGUUGGUAUCGUGGGCAAAGAAGGGAGACAAGCUUCUCUCGCAGCGGACUUUUCUAUAACCACCUUUCACCACCUCACUAAGCUUCUCGUUUGGCAUGGCCGCAAUUCCUAUAAACGAUCGGCCAAGCUCGCACAAUUCGUCAUCCACCGCGGUCUGAUCAUCUCAGUCUGCCAGACGUUCUACAGUAUUGCAACCCAGCUCCAACCGCACGCUCUGUAUCGCGACUGGCUGCUUGUUGGCUACGCAACUGUGUAUACGAUGGCUCCUGUGUUCAGUUUAGUGCUCGACAAAGACGUUGACGAAGGGCUAGCCAAUCUCUAUCCGGAAUUGUACAAAGAGCUCACCACGGGCAGCAGUCUGAGCUACCGUACCUUCUUCGUCUGGGUGGCGGUCAGCAUCUAUCAAGGUGGCAUAAUCCAGGGGCUCAGCCAAAUCCUCGUCAAUUUGGACUCGCACCGGAUGGUCAGCGUAAGCUUUACGGUACUAGUCAUCAAUGAAUUGAUCAUGGUGGCCUUCGAAAUAGUCACGUGGCACUGGAUCAUGGCCGUGAGUAUAGUGGGCACUGCCGCUAUAUAUGUGGGAAGCGUGCCCUUCUUGGGUGGAUACUUUGAUUUAGGUUAUGUUUGGAGUUGGGGAUUUGCAUGGAGGGUGGCGGCGAUAUCUGCCAUCAGUCUCAUACCGCCGUACUGUAUAAAAGUACUGAGGAGGACGCUGAAGCCGCCGAGCUAUAGGAAGGUGCAAGGACUGUGA